ACCACCCGCCAGACUCGCUGUGAAUUUUGUUUCCCUUCGUUUUUCUGAUUAUUUUUUUUAAUUUUCCGUGUCGGAGCUCUCAGCUGAAACGGGGGCAGGGAACGGGUCCGCACAGCCGCCUCCCGAAGCUUUCACGUGGGUUUGGAUUCGCUUUGUGGCCGCUGAAGCCUCCAGCCCGGCCCGCGCUCGUCCCGGUCCACCUCCACCUCAGUUUCCCACAGUUUCACCUGGGUUUACCCCGAGGAGAGCACUCUUCCCACGGACUCCAGACUUGGACCCCUCCUGCCAGGUUGGACCAGGUCUUUAAGGUCUAGACAUGGACUGGAGGCCGUACCCUGACCUGGAGGCGGCCGAGGUCCUGGUCAGCAUGAGCUCCUGGGGUCAAAGUUCACAUAAGCUCCGCCCCCUGACCCCGACAUGUGACUCGUGCGACUCACUCCACCUGGAGCCAAGCGGCGAACACCGCGACCUGGUGGCCCUCUCCUCCCUGUGCAUGACUCCUCCUCACAGUCCGAGCUUCGCUGAGACUUCAACCACACCUGUUCUCACCUGCUCUCCCCCUAAACCCCUGCUGCCCCGCCCACUCUUCACCACAGAAACCACCACUUCCUGCUCACUUCCUGUUUACGCAGACGUGGCCCCUCCCACUCUGAGUCGCGCCAUGGCAACCAGCGUGAUCCGUCACACAGCCGACACAAAUUUCCUGCCGAAAAACGUUCUGGAAAGCUCCAAUGUCCUGAUAACUCCGCCCACUCUGCUGCCACAAAGUGCUCCAAACGUCACUCCUGAACCACAAGAAAACCAUACCCCCAGUACGCAAGAUGCACCCAUUUUAACCCCUGAGCCCCCAACGCUGCAACUAAGCGCUCCCACCAUACCCCAACCAGCCGCCAUCUUGCAAAAUUCUGCUCCGAUCUUGUCCAUGGAAGCUCUAAUUGAAAGCAGUACUACGAGUCAGCUGAAUAGCACUCCCAGUGUGCAGAGUGCGGCUACAAAUCCGGCGCCGAACGCUCCAGUCCUGUUCCAGAACGUUCUGCAGUCUCUUCCUAGCUCCAGCACUUUGCCAAAUAGUGCUCCCAUUGUUGCCCCAGUCUCCUCCAGUCUGCCAAAUAACGCUCCCGACAACAACAACAACAGUGCACUUCCCACAGACUCUGCCUCCCACACGGCCGAAUGCCCAACUGCAGAGCCGGUAUCGUGCUCCCCAGCCCUGCCCCCUCAUGUAGUCCCACCCCCUACGACAGCCCCACCCUCUCCUCUGCUGUGCCAAGUCAUUCCGGUCAGUGGGAGGUCAGGAGUCAUCUCGGCCAUAGUUCAAGGGUCACCGAAGCAGAUCCUGGUCAGCUCUGGAGUGCCUCAGGGAGCCGUGAUGCUGGUCGUGCCCCAAACACAGGUUGGCUCUCGGGGAAAUGCGGUAGUAACCAAGCUCCUCCCACUGGCUCCGGCACCGGUGUACGUCGCCACGGGAACGGGCCCAGGAAAUGGCAUCUCCACGGUAACGCCAGCGGUGGAGUUCUCGCGGCGACGGAACUACGUGUGCUCCUUCCCUGGCUGCAAGAAAACCUACUUCAAGAGCUCACACCUGAAAGCACAUCUGAGGACGCACACAGGGGAGAAGCCGUUCAGCUGUGCGUGGGAGGGCUGUGAUAAGAAGUUUGCUCGCUCGGAUGAACUGUCGCGCCAUCGUCGCACUCACACAGGAGAGAAAAAGUUCGCCUGCUCUGUGUGCGAGCGCCGCUUCAUGCGCAGUGAUCACCUGACCAAGCACGCACGCCGCCACAUGACCGCCAAGCGAUCAUCAUGGGCAACCGGCGCCAUUGGCCAAUCACAGCGUGCUGGCCUCACAAAGACCAACUGAAUCUAACGCUCCGGGACCACUCUGAAGUCCGGGCAUUCCGCUCGAGUCGCAUAGGAAAGACUGUAUCCGUGGGUUUCAGUUUCAGUUAUAGGUGCCAUUUUGAGUACAGGUGACUGUUCAGAAGAUAGAAUAUUUUGUUUUCGAUUGCUCAUUGCUAUGGCGACGGUCCUAACUUUCAGUCUGAAACCCAUGGAUAGAAAACAACUCUUAGCCCCUGUAUAAAAUAAUAAUAUAAUGUUUAAUAUUGCACCUUAGAAAUUAAAUGGGCAUUGCGUAACUUUUCUGAUGGAGGGUUGGCCACUUGCUCAUCUCCAUGGGGAUGUUGACACUUUAUCUGCAGUGUUCCACAGUAUGGUAUAUCCAUCUCCAUGAAGAUGAACAUGUGAUGCCAUACAGCUAAGUUAUAGUUCAGAUCGGUGGAGAGGCGACCCCGUUUGCAUAUUUUUUAAAGGUAUAUAUGGGCAAUAAAAACAUGUGCAAUUGAAUAAAGGAAAUUGGAUCAGUUUAAUGCCAUACUGUUAAAAUUUCCAGGCAAAUAUAUAACAUUUCCAUUGACAUAAGCUGGUAACGCUCAAUCAGAAAAGUUACGCAGUGCAGUGCAGAGAGAUUGGACUUUGGAAAAUGGGGACACAAUAUUGUAACUUACGGUUAAACUAUGACCUUUAACCCUCGAGCGUAGCGCCUGGGAUUUAGCGAGUCCCGAGCACUCAGGACGGUUUCCAGCCAGUUCAGCCUUUUCUUACAACACAACAGAGGAACCGUGAGGCUGCGACUGCAUUUAAGAUGUGAAAAAAACAUUUACAGAAACGUUUUAGUCCAGGAGAGAGGAGCAAAGAGGAUCUAAUGCACUUUUAGAACAAAUGCUCUGCGUUCCCACAUUCAGAAUCCUUCUACUUUAACCUGAACUGACACAGGUCAGAAUUCUCAGGUGGAGUCUCUGUGUAACUGUCAGAUACAGAUGUGUUGACCUUGUUCAUGGUUAAUAUCUCUGUAAUCUUUGGACCUAUCCACAUGAAACAAAAACUGAAACAAAGAUCAACAUCUUCUCUGUGACCAUGAGCGAAAUGCUAACUUUUUUCACAAUAGCUUCAGAAAGUGGUGCCAUUUUUCAACCCCAAAGACAUGAUUGUAGUCAUAUUAAUCUUAUAGCUUGAAGUCCUUUCAACUGGCAAGUUUGUGUAGCUGAUCCCAAACUAAUGAGGAGGUUUAACAUUUGUGGGUCAGACGCUUGGACAUUUCUUUUAAAAACAGUGACUUGUCCAUAAAAUUAUAUAGACUCCACCCUCCAUCUGAAACUAUGACAUUAUCAUAGAACGUGAAUGCAACCUGUAUUUUCACAAAACUAGUCCUGGUUUAGUGUUGGUAUAUAUUUUUGUUUACACACAUCAAAGCCUCAAACUAGCACAAUAAACCAUCCUUUAUUGUUAAAGGUCCUAUAUUACACAAAAUGAACUCUUAUAAGCCUUGUUUUAAUGCUGUUACCUCCUCAAAAACAGUGGAGCACUUCCUGUAUUACCACAUGACAGAACUCAGCCUAAAUCUGCAGGGUUUGUGUGUUAAAUGUGUGGAUGAAACAAAACACAACUCCAGGUCUGUUUGUGACGAGGAAACUACAUUAGAACAUAGAUUAGAAAAUAGUGUCAUAUAGGACCUUUAAUUGAAGUUGAAAAGUUUCUUUAGUCUACAAGUGCAAAUAUGGCUCUAUCAUAAUUCAAAUUUCAUUAUUAUUAUCUAAACGCAGUCGCAGCCUCUUUCCGCUCAACUCAGGAUCUUGUUAUUUUUGCCACAAGCAUUUUUCUGUUACUCUGAGGAGGAAGGAGACAACAUGGCUGCUACUACUAAAACUACAACACACAUACCUGACAAUGCACUGGAUUUUUUAAAUAAACAACAGAUAUUUCCGCUGUUUUUGUACUUUUCUGUAUAAUAAAAAAAAAAUCAUGUUUACUCCAUUUUGUACAGGUUAGAAACGUAUGCACUCUUUUUUAAGUUUUGCCAAAGCUUUUAUUAAUAUUGUUCAUUUCUGUUGGUCUGUUUUGUGUAAAUAUUUGUAUAUAGAUGUAUCUAUUUGAAUGUUAAGUGUACCGCAUUAUGGUCGUAUUCCUCACUGUGAGACUACCUAUUGUAAUUAUGACUAUUUAAAAACAGAGAGCAUUUGUUGAGCUGUUUUUUUUUUCCAUUGGCCCAUAGUGUAGCCAGGACAUGAAAAUACCUCAUGAUAUUAAAUGUUUAUCAUCUUAUAAUAUGGUAAUAAAGCAUUUCAGAACAUUUGCCUGUAAACGUCAGUUAAGAUUAAGGCUCUUUUUACAAAUAAAAUAUAAAGU